AGGCUGGUGCAACAAUGCCGCCACAUGCAGAUUCUCCAAGAACACCAUGCGUGGCUCCUCAAAUUACAUGGAGAAACAGAUACAGUUUUUUGGGAUAUCUAGCAACAAGCCGGAAGAAAACCCUGACUUCUACAACUGGAACAGAGUUAUUGUUCGUUAUUGCGAUGGUGCAUCGUUCACUGGUGAGGGUUACGAUGCGAAAAAUAACCUUUAUUUCCGAGGUCAACGGAUCUGGUCAGUUGUCAUGGAAGACCUCAUGUCAAAAGGAAUGCGUUCGGCCAAACAGGCCCUGCUUUCUGGUUGCUCCGCUGGGGGUUUGUCAUCCAUACUCCACUGCGACGAGUUCCGAGCAUUGUUUCCACAAAGCACCAAAGUCAAGUGCCUAGCUGAUGGUGGCUUUUUCCUUGAUGCCGUCGAUGUUGGUGGUGGCCGUUCCCUACGAUCCUUCUACGAGGGAGUCGUGAAUCUGCAUGGAGUGGCGAACAGCUUGCCCAAGUCUUGUACUUCUCGGAUGGAUGCAACCUCGUGCUUCUUCCCGCAGAACAGAGUGCCUGAUAUCACGACUCCGACUUUUCUUUUGAAUGCGGCGUAUGAUGUAUGGCAGAUUCAGAAAAGCUUAGCCCCCGGCAAGGCUGAUCCUGCGGGAUCUUGGAACGGAUGCAAGUUCAACCACACGAAAUGUGACUCGAAGCAAAUCCAGUUUCUACAAGGAUUCAGGAACGAAAUGAUUAAUGCUUUACGAGGAUUCUCUACGUCCAGCAAAAAUGGACUGUUUAUUAAUUCAUGUUUCGCCCACUGUCAAUCGUACAAUCAAGAUACAUGGUACGCAGAUGAUUCUCCAGCCAUCGGAAAGAAGAGAAUUGCAACAUCGGUCGGCGACUGGUACUUCGAGCGAUCCCAAGAAAAGAAUAUCGACUGCCCAUACCCUUGCGACAACACUUGCCACCAUCUCCUUUAA